ACGUGACUUGUCACUUGUCACUUGUUGCUGUCAGAGAGUGCAGUUCUGUCAAAACAUCGGAUUAAGAGUAAACUUUUCGUUAAAGAGUUUUUAUUUAAAGAAAUGUCGUACAAAACUAUCGUAAGAAGCCUUCGGACACUAAGUUAUGUGGGAAGCUAUAAGAAAAUACGAAGCCGACCUUAUAAAUUUUACUAUGCAGCGAUAGUAGGCACAGGUUUUAUAGCAUACAACCAGAUGAAGAACAACAAAGCCGAGAUGAAAGAAAUCAUGCAGCUUAAGAACUAUAUGGCUGAACCAAUUACACCUCUGGCACAAUUGGAACAGAAUCCUGAUGAUAUGAAGACACAGAUGGAGCUGCUAAUCAUGAGGAUACAAGCGGAGUUCUGUAGAGCUCUGGAAAAAGAAGAAGAUCAGGCAUGGGAAGAUGAAAAAACAGCUGAUGAUUAUGAUUUUGAUAAAGACCUGUUUUUACCUUCACCGGAGUCAAAAUUCAAAGUGGACCGAUGGACCAGGAAAGAGGGUGGUGGAGGGAUAACUUGUGUCCUUCAGGAUGGACGCGUAUUUGAGAAGGCUGGGGUUAACAUAUCCGUGGUGUCGGGAACUUUGCCGCCCGCUGCCGUGCAGCAGAUGAGAAGCAGAGGCAAGAACUUGCAGUCAUCAGAGCUGCCGUUCUUCGCUGCAGGAGUGAGCGCGGUUAUCCACCCCCGCAACCCCAUGGUGCCCACUGUGCACUUCAACUACAGGUACUUCGAGGUCAGGGAUAAAGAUGGUGUUCAAUGGUGGUUCGGCGGUGGUACAGAUCUAACUCCAUAUUACCUGAACGAAGAUGAUGCGAUACAUUUCCAUCUUACUCUUAAGGACGCCUGCGAUGCACACGACCCUACAUAUUAUCCCAAGUUCAAGAAGUGGUGCGAUGAUUACUUCACAAUCCCGCACCGAGGUGAAAGAAGAGGCAUCGGUGGUAUAUUCUUCGACGACAUUGAUUUCCCUUCCAAAGAAAAAGCUUUUGAAUUUAUAACAUCAUGUGCGGAGUCUGUCGUUCCGAGCUAUAUUCCUAUUGUACAAAAGCACAAAGACGACGCGUACGGUUACCACGAGCGUCAAUGGCAGUUGCUACGUCGCGGUCGCUACGUGGAGUUCAACCUGGUGUACGACCGCGGCACCAAGUUCGGUCUGCACACGCCUGAAGCUAGAUACGAGUCCAUACUCAUGUCGUUACCUUUGAAUGCGAAAUGGGAGUACAUGCACGAGCCUAAACUUAACUCUCCAGAAGAGAAAUUGAUGAGGGUUCUGAAGGAGCCUCGAGACUGGCUCAAUAUUGAAAAAGGAAAAAGAACUGUUGGUUGAUUACACAAAUUAUAACUAAGUUUCACAAGGUUUUGAGAUAUGUAAUGUAUUUUUGUAAAAAUUUUAAACUUAUUAUAAAUGUUUGGUUGUUAA